UGGAAUGUUGUAAUUAUGAGUGGUGACGGCCAGAACUUGGUUACUGAAGACGUGACGGUGGUGGAGGGGGACGUCGCCACCAUCAGCUGCCGCGUCAAGAACAGCGACGACUCGGUGAUUCAGCUCCUGAAUCCCAACCGACAAACCAUUUAUUUCAGAGACUUCAGACCGCUGAAGGACAGCAGGUUCCAGCUGGUGAACUUCUCCAACAGCGAGCUCCGAGUGUCCUUGACAAACGUCUCCAUUUCGGAUGAGGGAAGGUAUUUCUGCCAGCUCUACACUGAUCCCCCCCAGGAGAUCUACACCACCAUCACAGUGCUCGUCCCGCCACGCAAUUUGGUAAUUGAUAUCCAGAAAGAAAUCGCCGUGGAGGGAGAAGAGAUUGAGCUGAACUGCACUGCCAUGGCCAGCAGACCAGCCACCACCAUCAGAUGGUUCAAAGGAAACAAGGAGCUAACCGGCAAGUCCGAGGUGGAGCAGUGGUCCGACAUGUACACGGUGACCAGCCAGCUCUUGCUGAAGGUGGGACGGGAGGACGAUGGCGUCCCCGUCAUCUGCUUGGUGGAUCACCCUGCUGUCAAAGACUUGCAGACGCAGCGUUACCUGGAAGUCAUGUAUAAGCCUCAGGUGCGGGUGUCUCAGAACUACCCGGUGCAAGGCCUGACGAGAGAAGGGGAGCCGCUGGAGCUGACGUGCGCAGCGUUUGGAAAGCCACAGCCUACGGACAUGAGGUGGUUAAGAGUAGAUGAUGAGAUGCCUCAACACGUUGUAGUGUCUGGUUCAAACCUUCUCAUUAGUAACCUAAACAAAACAGAUAAUGGUACAUACCGCUGUGAGGCUUCAAACGCGGUGGGGAAAUCACAUGCGGAUUACAUGCUGUUUGUAUACGAUCCCCCCACAACUAUCCCUCCUCCCACAACAACCACCACCACUACCACCACCAUCCCUACCACCAUCACAGACACAACGGCGACGACAGAACCGGCAGUUCACGGCUUUACUCAGUUGCCCAAUUCGGCAGAGGAGCUGGACUAUGGGGAUCUCUCAGAUUCUCGUGCAGGUGAGGAAGGGGCAAUACGGAGCGUGGACCAUGCGGUGGUUGGUGGCGUCGUGGCCGUGGUCGUGUUUGCGAUGCUUUGCCUGCUCAUCAUUUUAGGGCGAUAUUUUGCCAGACAUAAAGGUACAUACUUCACCCACGAAGCCAAAGGAGCAGAUGAUGCGGCCGACGCAGACACAGCCAUCAUCAAUGCAGAAGGAGGACAGAACAACUCCGAGGAAAAGAAAGAGUACUUCAUCUAGAGCAGCCUUGGUUUCUAUGAGGUGUCCAACCGUGGACGGUUACUACUGGCCCUAUUUAAACGCUCAAGAGACAGUGAUAUUGGAAGUUGCAACCAGCUUGUGUCUUUUUUUUUAAAGAAAAAAAAAAAGCAAAUGG